AUAAAAUGUGAAAAGUGGAAAAACGAAUUGCGCGUGUAUUUCCCCCUGCUUAAAUUGAGGAUUUAAAAAAAAAAAAAAAAAAACUUUGCUAAAAAAGAACAGCCAAGCAUAAUCGCAUAAAAAUAAAGCCUUUCUCCAUUUUCAAAAGACAAAUAUAAUUUAAAAACGGAAAAAAGAGUCUCACCAAUUAUCACAAAUUUUUUCGAACGCUUCCCUGCUUUUGGAAAGAUUAAUUUAAACGAAGCUUUUCAUUUUGGCACUUAAGUGAAUUAUCAUAAAUGAAUGUUAUGUGAAAAAAUUCCCGAAGGUGAUUCCCAAAGUAGCAAUCGCAGCGCAGUGUUUUAAAAUGGCGCAAGUUCAAGUUCAGAAGGUAGAAGAACUCACACCAUGGGUGGAAAAAUACAGGCCAAACGUGCUGAACGACAUAAUUUCGCACGAGCAAGUCAUAUCCACAAUCCAAAAGUUUGUGGAAAGGGGAGAAUUGCCCCACUUGCUGUUGCAUGGACCCCCAGGGACAGGAAAGACAUCCACCAUUUUAGCUGUGUGCAAGGAACUGUAUGGUGAGGCACGAAGUUCCUUUGUAUUAGAAUUGAACGCAUCCGAUGAUAGAGGAAUAAGUGUAGUUCGAGACCAAAUAAAAACAUUUGCAGAAUCGAAAAAUCAUUAUAAUACGUGCGAAAGGACUACGCUAAAAUUAAUCAUCUUGGAUGAAGCAGAUCAUAUGACCUACCCAGCACAAAAUGCCAUGAGAAGAAUCAUGGAAAACUAUGCUAAGAAUGUCCGCUUUUGCUUAUUAUGUAAUUAUGUAAAUAAGAUAACCCCAGCAAUUCAAUCCAGGUGCACCUCCUUCAGAUUUUCUCCUCUCAAGAAGGAAUAUAUGGUUAAUAAAGCUUUAGAUAUUGCUAAAUCGGAAAACGUGGACCUCACGAAAGAUGGAUUGGACAGUCUCAUACAUGUUGGACGAGGAGACAUGAGAAGAAUUUUAAAUUGUUUACAAGUCGUUUCAUUGAGUCAUAAAAAUAUGACCAUCGAUCAGAAGGUCAUUUUGUCUACGUUAGACAUACCUUUACCGGAAGAGGUUAAAGAAAUAUUAGGGUAUUUCACUAAAUGUACCAUGAAGGAAUCGUAUGAAUUUGUUACCAAAUUACAGAGCAUUAAGGGAUACUCCAUAAAGGAUAUUAUGGUGAACCUGUAUGAAUCCAUUCUAAAUUAUGAUUUUCCGGACUCUGCCGUGUGCUUGUUGCUUAAAAAUUUUGGCGAAAUAGAGGAAAGGUGUUCCUCCGGGGCUAACGAACAAAUCACCCUAUCCGCCCUUAUCAGCGCAUUCAUAGAAUUCAGAACUGAGCUCUUUAGAAUGAAGUACGACAUGAAUAAUAUAUAA